CCAGAUGUGAACGUGAUGCAGCCCUACAGAGUGCUGAGCACCGACGGUACAGCACAGAUCCGGUGUGUCGUCCAUCCCCGUCCAUCCUACCACCAGAUUGAACCGUCCCAUGACCAAACCCCGUCGUACCCCUUUCCUGACCCCGAGGAGCUCAGAGUGGCCCUGCUGAAGGGCCUCUAUGGUUCCCAGGAACUCUGCUCAUCCAACAUCGACUUCCUCCGGAAGCCAAAUGAGACGGAUGUGAAGCAGAAGGGGGAGGUGCAGUGCUCUGCUCAGGCCAUAGAUGGCGCUGUGACGAUGUCGGUGUCUGGACUGAAAGCCACAGACACAGAUCUGUAUCGCUGUCAGAUUCAGGUUUUCUACCCGCCCCCAUAUCUGCAGUUCGUCGGCAACGGGACACUGAUCCACGUCCUCGAUCACUCAGGUUGUCCUGUACAGGAAGCUCAGAAACAGAUUUCACACCAGAGUGAAGAAGGAGAGGAGACUGAUUUACCAGUUAAGAGCUCGGCAGCAGACAGCGUUCCUGUUCUCGUCCUGCUCGUCGUGAUCAUGUGUGUCCUCGUCGUCAUGAUCUACUUCCAGACUCUGCAGUGUGAACGGUCGAGGAAGGAGGUCAUCAGAACGGUGUCUGGUGUCAUUCAUAAGAUGGACGCUGCUUCGUUUCCACGAGACAACAUGGCAUGAAUAGAUCUCCCAUCAUGCCCAGAAGCAUUAGAAUAAUGGAGAAACUGCUCAUUUUUUAUCACCUCUGUUUUGAUAGAGGAUCUUUUGGAGCCACAGAUGAAAACGUCUGUCUGUAUUUUACUUUUUAAGUAUGAAAAUAAUGUUUACAUUAUUGUAAACUUAAGCUGCAGUUUCCUUUUAGCUGGUCAGGCCUCUGUAUUGUCGACAUCUGCUUCUGAGAAAGGCUUUCUGUUGCAGUACUGUGUACAAACUAAGUUGGUAAUUCAAGAAAAUGCAAUGCUUUCACUCGUUGUUGUGCAUUAAGGCCAAACAAGCUGUUUGCCUGUGAGCGUAUUGAGCGUCAUCUUCA